GAGAAAUCAAAAUGAGUGUGAAUGGGUGGUAACAAGAGGAGGCAGAGUGGGAGCCGAAUGGGAUGUGAGAAAAUGGAAGAAUGAGAUAGACAAAGAAGUGAAAUGUGUGGGACUGAAUGAAUGGAAGAAUGAGAUGGAAAGAAAGAAGACCCUGGAAUGGUACAAGGAGAAAGAGGCCCCGAGGUAUGAAAGGUGGUAUGAUGGAAGCCUGGGCGGUGAUCUCUUCCGAGCGAGGGCACAGUGUAUGGAUGUGAAUGCAAGGAGUUACAGGUGGUCUGAGCCCCGCAGCAAAGUGUGCCAGAUGUGUGACAUGGGAGAGGAUGAGACGGUGGAACAUGUGGUGCUGGAGUGUGUGAAGUAUGCCAGAGACAGGAAUGAGAUGAUGCAAGUGAUACUGACUGAGUUAGGGCAUGAUAGGAAUGAAAGAGUGGAGAAGACAGGAAAGGAAUGGGUGGUGUUGUUGCUGGGACUGUGUAGAGAGGCGAAUGAAACAAUGAUUGAGGCGGUGAAAGAGUUUCUGGAGAGAAUGUGGCGUGCCAGAUGUAUGAACAAUUAGGAUAGAGGAUGCUGUUCGUUUCUCUCUUUUUUUCUCUUUUUUUUUUUCCCCUUCUACAGGAGUUGCCGAUCCAAAGGCCUGGCUCAGGAGUGAUCCUGUGCCACCUCUACCAUCAAGAUCAAGAUCUGUGAAAUUGAGUUAUCUCCAGCAAUGAAUAAGUUCAACAAUGAUGGAAGUUUUUUGGAGCAGUUCAAGAAAUUGAAGAAUAAAACAGAAGUAAAAGAAGAAAAAUAUUCAACAUCACAUAAAUCCAAAUCAUCAGGACAAGGCACUAACAAGCUAAAGGCAUAUUGCCAGAGUGUUCCAAAACAGACUGAUGCAGCCCAUACAUACCCCAGGCAAGAUAAUGUGUCACCUCCUUAUCCAGAUGAAGUCAAACCACAUUUACAUGUUGAUGAAAGGGUUGACUCCCUCCCCUUCAGUGAAGAUGUGAAAAAUGAAACAGAAAAUCCUGACUGGUUUCAGGAUGCCUUGAAGAGAGCUCAAGCUAAGGCAAAGGAACUCUCAGAAACUCCAACAGUUUCUCUCUCAGCUUGUUCCAGUGAAGAGGAUUCGAGCAACAGCAAAUUUUCUGACAUGUCCCAGAGCAGGAAACGAAAGAGCCGCUGGGGAGGCCAACCUGCCCCUGCGGCUGCCCCAGUAGCGCCAUUAGUUCCAGCAUCCACUACAUCAUUCUCGGUGCCAGAGAACCUUAUGGAUAUGGUAGGGGAGGGAGAGCACUUCCAAGCCAUCCAUGGGGUUAUGGUCACUCGCCUGACAAGGAAUAAUCCAGCAAUUGUUGCAUAUGCACAGAAAGUUUUUGGCUCUCUUGAUCUAACAGAUGCACAGUGGAAGCAGUGUGAAGAACAAAUGAAGAUGAAUGUGGUGUUUCAACUGCUUCAGGCUAAGAAAAGAGAAUCUGAGCGUUUGGAAAAACAAGGCAAGGUUAAAUAUGAGUAUGAUUCUGAUGAAGAUGUUGAUGGUGGCACUUGGGAACAUAAAAGACGAGCUAAGGAGAUGGAAGAAACCCAAGCCAGAGCAGCAGAACUCACCACCAUGGCAGAAGGAAAACAUCAUAUUGGUGAUUUUCUCCCCCCAGAUGAAUUAGCAAGAUUUAUGGAAAAGUAUCGAGCAAUCAAGGAAGGUCGAGACCCAGACCUCUCAGAUUAUCAAGAUCAUAAGCUCACUGAAGACAAUGUUGGCUACAGAAUGCUGAAGAGCAUGGGCUGGACUGAAGGAAUGGGUCUUGGUGCAGAAGGAAAGGGUAUAACCACUCCUGUGAACCAGAAUGGCAGGUCUGAGAACCAGGGACUGGGUGUGGAGAGGCCUGAAACCCUGCAAGAGGAAGACGAUGAGUAUGAUGCCUACAGGAAGCGCAUGAUGCUGGCUUACAGAUUUCGGCCAAACCCAUUGAACAAUCCUCGGCGAGCGUACUACUGAGUGUUGUUAUUUGUUAGCCAUAUCGUUAUGGGAUUAAAGUAAGUAUAUGUUGCAGAAAAGAAAGAAUUAUAUAUUCACUACUUUAUACAUAGUACAUAAUGCUUGAUCAUAAGAGAAUACCUGCAGUUAGGCAGUCAAGUUAUUAUUCAAGAUAAAUUUCAAAUUGUAUUUAUCAAGAAUAUUUUGGCAUCAUACCUAAUUUCACACAUUUUGUUAGAUUAAUAUAUUGUUUAGAUUUCUAAUCUCUAAAGUUAUGACAUCAUUUGUAGAAUAAGUUCUUUAAGAUUGUGAAAUUGUAAUAUUUGUUUUGUCACUUAAGUAUAAAGUUCAAAACCAGACUCCAUUCACUUCUAUUCAAUUGAUGAUUUGCACAGUACUGCAGUAUAAGAAAUUGUAUGAUAAUCUUCUGUUAAAACACACUUUAAGGAUACCUUCUUUUUGCAUACAAUAUUUUUUUUUCUGACUAACUAUUUACAUAAGUAUUCACUAUAAAUACACUGGUUAUCAGAAGUUAAAAAUCAAAAUAAUAUAGAUUAUUGUGGCACUUAAUGAAAAUUCACAAAACUUACACAGGUAUGUAUGAUACAUACAUGGUUAUAUGUUAUCUCUACAGCUCAACCAAGUGUAUUAGUAACAGUUAGGAUUCUUAUACAAAAUUUUUCUUUAGAGAAAACAUAGAUAGACUGUAAAAAUAUGGAGCCAGGAGUAAAUACGGUGUUUAAAGUCAGUGUCAUGAUGAUGUACCUUAAUCUUAUGUAUAUCAUGAAUUGUUUUGAAUUGCUAAAGUACCAUGAAAGUACUUUAUUGUUAAUGACCAUGAUAUGUUUAGUGAUUACUACUGUGAAUAUUUAGGCACUGAAUGUGCAACUGAGACAAGUGCACAAGUGGUUAAGCUGCUAUUUUGUUUUGAAAUAUUUUUUUCUGUAAUUUGAAAUAAUAAUUAUAUGCAUUCAA